ACAUUGUGGUCAGUAGGCUUGCCUGUGCAUCGAGAAUCACAUCUCCAGAAGUGAGCAUUGUUAAAAUGGGAAACGAACAAGGUAAACGAGCAGCGGACGUCAGCGAAGAAGCUGCCGCCUGCCCCUUGUGCAAGCAGCCCUUCGACACGGCGUCCGCGUCAGCCGAUAACGCUGACAGAGUCCAAGGUCAGGAUCUGCGAGACUUGCUUCCGGGCGCUUCGCAGUGAGGAUCCGGAGCCAAGGAGUCCUACAAGGUCAGUGGAUGGCGAGCGGCCUUCAGACGCAUCAUCAGACAUGACGGAGCAGGAGGAAAAGGCUUCACCUGAGCCCGAGGCGGUGCAAGGGGAACCCGACGGCGACGCUGCGGAUGCUGACCUCGCCUCGGGGGACGGACAGGAGGAGGCCGCAGCUCCAGCCCCAGGAAUGGACCCGCAAACCAAGAAGAUUUUGAUAGGCGUUGGAAUCGGGGUGGGCGCCACUCUAGGGGCUGUGGGCGCCGUCGUCGCUGCUCCGUUUGCGUUGGCGGCCGCGGGAUUCACCUCGGGGGGCAUAGCGGCCGGGUCACUGGCGGCGGGAAUGAUGUCCUCCGCUGCCAUCGCCAACGGAGGAGCCAUCGCCGCCGGAAGCACGGUGGCGAUCUUGCAGUCGGCCGGAGCAGCUGGUAUAGUAUUAGCGCAGCUGGGUAUAGCUGGACUGGCAGCUGGUGGAGGCGCCGUAGGGGUCGCUGCCGGAGGAGCAACUGCAGCCGGGGUCAAUCAACUUGUAGAAUUGGGACAAAACCAAGAAAAUAAGACUGAGAAUGAGACUUUGGAAGAUAAAGAUGGAGAGAAGAAUGAUAAGAAGGAAGAUGACAAGGAGAAUGAGACUUUGGAAGAUAAAGAUGGAGAGAAGAAUUAUAAGAAGGAAGAUGACAAGGAGAAUGAGACUUUGGAAGAUAAAGAUGGAGAGAAGAAUUAUAAGAAGGAAGAUGACAAGGAGAAUGAGACUUUGGAAGAUAAAGAUGGAGAGAAGAAUGAUAAGGAAGGAAGAUGA